GGAGACCGGGUGAGAGGGGGCGGGGUCUAACGGGCGAAGCCGUUUCUAUGGUGACAAGCCCGGACUGAAUCAUGUCGGAUCUCGGCUCGGAAGAGAUCGAAGAGGAGGCUGAGAAUGAUUUGGGGGAAUAUGAAGGAGAACGCAAUGAAGCUGGUGAACGGCAUGGACAUGGAAAGGCCAGAUUACCCAAUGGUGAUACCUAUGAAGGACAAUAUGCAAAUGGUAGAAGAAGUGGACCGGGCUUGUACAGAUUCAAGAAUGGUGCACGCUACAUAGGAGAAUAUGUUGAUAAUAAAAAACAUGGCAAAGGCAUCUUUUAUUAUCCAGAUGGAUCCCGAUAUGAUGGAGAGUGGGUGGAGGACCAAAGACAUGGAAAUGGCAUUUACUACUAUGUGAAUGGAGACACAUACGAUGGAGAGUGGUUCAAUCACUACAGGCAUGGGCAAGGUACAUAUCUGUAUGCAUUAACUGGCUCUAAAUAUGUUGGCACCUGGGCAAAUGGACAACAAGAAGGAGCUGCUGAACUUAUUCACCUAAACCAUAGAUACCAGGGGAAGUUUGUGAAUAAAAAUCCAUUAGGUGCUGGAAAGUAUAUAUUUGAUAUUGGAUGUGAACAACAUGGUGAAUACAUCCACGAGGAAAAAGCAGAGGAAGAGGAGGAAGAAGAAGUUAUGGCUCCAUCUAUUCCAAAAUGGAAAGCAUCAAAAAUUACUGCCCUAACACUUUGGGCACCUGAAGAACCACCUCCCCCUCCUCCAGCAGUAGAGGUUGCAAUAGUUGAAGAAACAACACCUCCAGUUGAUGACAGUGCAACUGAAGCUGCUUCUGAAAGUACUGAGCAACCUGCAGAGGCAACAGAGCUUACUGAAGAGACAUCUCCUCCUAAAGAGGCUGAGGAAGAAGAUGAGGCAGCUAAAGAAGAGCAAGCUGCAGUCAUAGCAGAAGAAAAAGAGGAGGAACUUGAGGUCCAGGACUAAAGGAAAGAAGCGGCAAACGUUGCAUACAAAGAAGUGAAGCUCAAUCCAGUCAAGGUUAAGUUCUGUUAGUUUUAAUUGAGGUAUACUCACAUGUUCAACUCUCCCAUUGAAACCAGUGGGACUUAAAAGUAGUUGAUUUUGAUGGGAUUGUGCCCAUACUCCUUUGGCUGUGCACUUAUUAUCUGAACUGCUUCUUUCAUAUUUCAGGGGGCAGCAAUAGUCUCACUGCUGUCUGUGACGAGAAGCAAAAGUCUGCCCUUUCUUCACCACUCACUUCUGCUCCUCAUCUUCUAUCCUGUCUCCCUGCCAUCAAAUAGG